AUGAAGAUUGAUUUGCAGUCUUUCAAGCAAGAGAAGAAGUCCGUCGCAGAGUAUGAAGUGGGCUUUAACAAGGUGGUCCGCUUUGUUCCUCAUGUGGCUUACAAUGAGUUGGAGAAGGCGAGCCAGUUCCGUCAGGGCCUGAAACCUUCUAUCAGGAAGUCGGGAAUUCUUUUCUCCAUGGUGGUGGAGAGUGAGGCUGCUUUGCGGGUGCAAGACAUCCGUGUGCCUAUUCAUAAGGCCCCGUAUCGGAUGGCUCCAAAGAAGCAGAGCCGUCAGAAGAGUUAUGCUGAUGUGAGGAGGCGAGACUUGGAAUUUGCAGUGGGUGACCAAGUCCUUCUCAGGGUAUCACCUAUUAAAGGAGUUGUUCGGUUCGGUGUCUCCGGGAAGCUUAGCCCGAGAUACAUUGGACCGUUCACUAUCUUGGCCCGGGUGGGCAGCUUGGCUUAUCGCUUGCAAUUGCCGGAUUCCAUGGCAGGGGUACACCCGGUAUUUCAUGUCUCUAUGUUGAGGAAGUUCUUGCGGGAUCCGGACCAUCAGAUCAAGAUGGAACCAAUUGCUGUGCAGCAGGAUCUGACUCUGGAGUGUCGUCCGGUGCGUAUCUUGGAGUCCUUGGAGCGUGUUAUGAGGAAGAGAUCAAUUAAGUAUGUUAAGGUCUUGUGGACUAAUCAGUCUGAGCGCGAGGCUACUUGGGAACUCGAGGAGCUGAUGCGGCAGAAAUAUCCCGAACUUUUUGUUUUGGGUGAGUUUUAUUGA